AUGAAUGCGACGCCAAUAUUGAGUCGAUUCGUUCAUGAACUUAUGCUCCCAUCGACCUUCUAUGUUGGAGUCAAGUCUCUUUUGACCAUGCUGCGGAUAGACAUGCAUGUCCGCAGCGUAGCUGCGAUGCCGCCAAAUUCGGCAGCCCGUGCUCGAGUGCGUCAACAAAAUGAGGAUGGACAAGGACGAGAGAUGCUGACUUCUCCUUAUGCAUAUUCGCGGAAUACUGUGAUACCUCGAUGUGUCAUGCUCAUGUCUGUUUUGAUUCUGUUGAUCAAGCUUCGUUACGGACUUGAUGGCAUACGUCGGUAUGAGGCGCGCCGAAAAGACCAUCCUCUCUCGCUGCAUUCAGGUGCGCCAGAGCAAGAGGCAUGGCUUGAUGCUAUUUGCGAACUCCAUGGCCUUCCUGUUGAGAAGCAGCAGCAAGAUAAUGUCACCAGGCCCGCAUUUAAGCCUUGGGAUACUGGUUUGUACGUUGACUUUGUAUCGGUCUUGACUAAUAUUUAG